AUGAUUGUCACUUCAAAUAUAGUGAAUGAUCUGAACACUGCAUUCCAACUCAUUAAUAUGGGCACUAAUGACAAAAUAAGACAAGGAGAGCAACUGUUAUAACAAAUAAGAGGUGAUAUACAAUAUCCCAAAGUGUUAUUUGAUUAUUUCCAAGCUUACGAAAUAAGUCUAGGGCUUCGAGCGGCAAUCGAAUUAAAAUUAUGGUUUAAGGAAUAUCGUAAUUUUGAUGACUACUAAGCUCAAUACGUACAAACUGUAGUGUAAACCAUCAAACAACACAUAAUCAGAGCUUACAUUGUGUCUGAAGCACCAUUGAUUCAUUAAUUAAAAGAUGCAAUUGUUUAUGUAGCUUCAAGAGACUUUCCUACUUAAUGGCCUACUCUUAUGGCUGAUUUAAAUCAAUUCCUAACCCAUCCAGAUUAUGUAUACAAAACAGUGAAACUCAUAUACAAAUUGACUGAAAAAUAUGUUUAUCAAUCAAGGAGUGAUCCUCUCUAUGAAGAAAUCAUUAUAACAUGCGACACAAUUCAUCACAAUUUAUUAUUGUUGGCUAAAUCAUUGAUACAAUAAAUAGAAGCCCUUCAAAAUCUCAAAUUAUCAUAUGAAAUUCUGAAGACAUUACUAAAAGUGUUUUACAAUUUAAAUUUUUAAGUAAUUUAAAAUAAUAAUUAUCUAGGACUUGCAUCCCCAUUUCGAAGAUAAUCUCCAAUCCUGGAUGGAAUUUAUGAAGGUCGUAUUACGUCUCUAACCAGUCUAAGGAGUUGAGCAAUUCCUGUUCAAAUGUAAGGGUGAGGCCCUUAGAUGCGUUCUAUUGUAUGCAAUGAAAUAUCGCGAUGAUUUCGGAGAUCUGAUCCAAGUGUUUUCAAGUGAAAUCUGGAAUGUUUGCACUUAGACUAGCACUGGAAGAGAUAGUGACAAGGUUGCGUAAAUCAAAUAAAUUUUAGAUUGUUUUAUGUGCUCUCAGAUAUUUCAAGACCUUGAUUGCUUGGUAGGACAUGAAGGCCUUUUUUGAGUAGAACAUCAAAAUUCUAAUAGAGAGUCUAAUUAUAAGGAAUCUGUCUUUGUCCAGUAAUUAAGUCUUAAUAUUCAUUAUUAGAGGAUGAAAUCGGAAUGUUUUCAGAUGAGCCAUAAGAAUUCAUUGAGAAGUUUUUCGAAUAAAGUGACUUAGAAUCGAGAAGGGCUUAAGCUGUGGAACUCUUCAAGACAGUUACUAAACACUUUAAUCAAUAGGUCAAUCUCAUCAUUCAAGAAUAUCUGUAAUGACUUAUAUCAUAUUUAUUAAAUAGUUAGGCCUACAUUCAAUCAGGAAUGAAUGGAAUCGAUAAUGAAAUAAUUCUCAUUAAUUUAAUUAUUGAAGCCAGUACAAGUUCAUUUACUUCAAAAGAUGGAACAAUAGAUAUCAUUUUAUCACAAGAAAAUGUUCUUGGUUUUUAUACUCACUGUUUGAAGCCUAAACUUGGAUAGAUAUUUGAAAUGCAAUAGUAGAAUUAAUCAGUUGAAUCUAAGUUCACUCCUAUUUAAUUAGCAUUCUAUUGCAGGUACUUAUUCUAUUUCAGAAAUGUGAUUGAUAAAGUUGAAUUACCUACUCUUGCUACUCUAGUGUCAAAACUAUAAUUAAGCAAGAAGACUACUUUAUCAAACAUUGCUUGCUAUACAGCAUAUUCAUUAAUCAAUGUUAGAUAGGAUGUCAAAAAUUAUGCUAAUCAUUAAUUAUACUUUGAGAAUGUCAACAUUUCCCAAUAUUUGCAAUUGAUUCUGACUGAUUGCUAUAACAAUAUUAAAUAAUAAUAGAAAUUAGAAACAUAUAGUUUGAAACUUGCUAAUUCACUGAUUACUUUAUUGAAGUCAGAGAUUUUCAAUGCAAUUGCUGCAUUAUGCAAUUUACUCUAAGAUCUACUGAAGAACAUCAAGUUGGAAUAUGAAUUUUAGAAUGUUCAUUUGGUGUUUGAGAUAAUAGCAAGUGUGGUUGAUGUGUGUAUUACAGCCAAGAAUUCUGAAGCUGCCAAUUAAUUACAAUAAAGUAUUUUGAAUCAAUUAGAUGAAUUGCUCAGAGAAAACAAGGGAGAUGUAACCAAUUUUGUCUUACAAAUUUAUUCACUCUUCUUGUAGGUCCAAACUAAUGCAUCAUCCUAUUAUCAAAAUCUAUUACAGAACUUCCUUGAAAUUUAAAAUUGGAAUGAGUCUAACUCUUCCUUGUUUCAAGCAUAUAUCAUAUUCUUUUAAUUUGGAUUCUAAGGAACUAAUUUACCAACACCUUAAUUAUAAGCAAUUCUAAAAUCGAUUGUAGCUCACAGUACACCAUCGUACACUGAACUAUCUAAAUUCCUUAUUAAAUCUAAUUCAUAAUGGACAAAUAUAGUUUUAACUAUCAUUUUUGAGUAAUACCAAAUUCAAUAGCAAACCUAACCGUAAAUAUCUUCAAAAUCAAAGGCAACCCAUUUGAGUUAAAGAUUGAUCAAUAAAGAAGUAUUUCUACUAUUAGCUCAUGUCUUUACAUCUUAUGGAGUAGAAGUGCUUGUCAACGAAUGCUCUAAGAUAUCUCCUCAAUUACUCGAGAGCUUUUUAAUAAAUGAGUUAGGCAUUAUAAAAUCUAUUUCUUAAAGGAAUGAGAGAAAAUUAAUAUUCACUAUGUUAAUUGCUAUAUUGUUUUCUGGAUCGUAUAUUAUUCAUAUUUAUACUUUAGAUUCUUGACUUAAUAAUCAUGGAAUCUUGUCUUCUAGGCAAUGGUUGAAAACAUCACACUCAAAAAAAGAAAUCCACUUAAAUUUAUGGGAAGAGUAACUGAUAGAGAAGUGACAUCAAGUUCUGGAUUCCAACCUUUGAAACCUGUUAUUGCUAGGAAUGUAAUAUUACAUAUUAAAAUAAAAGACUACUGAUAAAAUACUGAAUGAUGAAGAUAAAUUGUUUAGUGCCUAAUUCAAAACCUAUUAUAGCAAUCCGAUUGUCUAAUAGUAAUUGCCAAUUCAAUAAUUAUUAAAUCAAUAACAAUAAGAGUUAUUAAGUAGUUUAAUACAAUCUGUUUGA